CAUACAAACGGGUGUGGAACAGAGGGUACGGGAGAAGUUGAAUUUGGUGAGAAGAUUAGUCGGAAUAAAGACUUAGAGACAACACGUCACCUGUUUCGAGUCUUUCCUCUUUUUUUUUGCCUAUCCGAAACCGAAAGUCGGUCCGUAAUUCGCGGUUCGGGUUUGGCCGUCGGACACUCCGCCUGCCACGGUUCGCUGGGAGCAAGUUCCAGAACAAAUUAAUGGUGCCGAAACCCGGGAGUUGAAACUCCACGUCGUCGGAAUCCGGGUUGCACGUGGUACGAGUUCGGAGUUGUGGCCACGUUUUCCCGCUGAAUUUGUCGCGGUGACCAAUUGGACACCGGUUUUCUCGUCGUGGCCAGCAGCUCGAUCGUCCGCCGCAGGAUUCAACCAACUUUCGAGAACUUCCAGUCGAAGCCGUAGCAGUUUGGAGUCGAAGGCGUAGCAGGGUAGCAGUUUGGAGGUUAGGCGAAGCACGUGUUUGGAGAGAAGCCGAUGGCCGGAAGAGGCAGUCGAAAGAAGGCCACGCCGAAGGCGGCGGCACAGUCCGGCGGUCUGCAGCACCGAACCCUGUUGAGGAAGCGCAGUAACAUUUUGGGCUCUGCUAACUUGAUCCAGGACUUUCUUACCAAUUUCCGAGAUGAUCAAGUAACCCAAAUUCCGCUGCGGAAUCAGCGCUUGGAUGACCUUUGGGAACGGUUCGAAGACGUGCAAGACGAGAUUGAGGUUAUCGAAGGUGCUGAGGAUGACUAUUCGCAGCAGCGUCAACAGUUCCACGACCAAUACUUUGUGCUUAAGGCGGCCCUCGCGGACAAGAUCCCGGAGCCCGCUGUCGUCGUUCCCGCGCCUGCCCCGCUCGCCCACCAUGCUGCUGGGAACCAGAUCUCUGUCAAGCUGCCGGAGAUUAAGCUGCCGGAUUUCUUCGGAGAGUACGAAGAAUGGACCGAGUUCCGAGAUAUAUUCAAGUCCCUAAUCCAUGCGAACAUGCAGUUGACCGCUAUACAAAAACUGCACUAUCUGCGCAGCUCGUGCAAGGGUCAUGCUUCGCGACACAUCGCGGGACUGGAACUCAACGCCGACAACUACGAAAUAGCGUGGAACAUUUUGUGGGAUCGUUACGAGAACAAAACCUAUCUCGUAAAACAACACCUGUCGGCCAUGUUUCGAAUCCCUUCUCUUCGGAAGGAAUCAGCAGCUAACCUCUCGGACCUUGCAGACGAGUUUAAUCGUCACGUGGGAAUUUUGGACAAGCUCGAGUCUGCGGACGCCCACUGGAACUCUCUGCUAGUCGAACGUUUGAGCAGCUUGUUGGAUGAAAAAUCCCGCAUGGAGUGGGAAUCGGAGUGUAAGGACAAGGUGGCCCCCACCUACCAAGAACUCCUCGAUUUCAUUCACAAACGUUCUCGUUUGCUCCGGUUGUGCAAACCCAAUCUCGAAUCCUCCAGUAGCCAGAGCAAACCAACGAAGGCCAAGCAAUCCUCCUCCCAUGUUGCUUCCGAACACGUGCUCAAAUGUGUGCAGUGCAAGCAGGCUCACCAGCUGAUCGAGUGCGAGGCGUUCCUUCAACUGUCACCAAAGCAGCGGCUCGAGUUGGCGAAGAAGAAGCGCCUUUGCAUCAACUGCUUGAAGGGAGGACAUAUGGCGAAGGAGUGCAAGCGUGGCAACUGCAGAACCUGUGCGAAGAAACAUCACACGCUGCUGCACCUGCCUCCACUGAAACCAGCAGCAGCAGAGGACGAUCCAGCCACUUCGCAGUCAUGCACUGCCGUAUGUUCGCCGCCUGUUGCCACGCAGGCCACAAUUUCGCGCGCGGUCUCGUUAGCACUACCGUCGGUGCAGUCGCGUACCUCGUCGCAGACACUCGCGUCGUUUUCGAAUUCGGUCGUCUCCCCGUCGCCGGUGUUAACCGAUCGCAUCGGUUCUGAACCACUCCAAAUUGCCCCGCAAGUCGCCCCGCCGUUUUCCGCCCAAGCGAGCAAGCCUGCAGACACCACCGUGUUUCUCGCAACUGCUGUCAUCCGCGUCCUGGACGUACAUGGCCGUUACCAGCAGGCAAGAGCUCUGCUCGACAGCGGCUCCCAGUCAAACUUUGUGUCUGAAUCGCUGUGCCAGAAGUUGGGAUUGAAACGCAGACGAAUCAAUCUGCCGAUCUGCGGAAUUGGCCAAGCCACCGUGAACGUGCACUACAGUGUGCAGUUGGCUUUUGCAUCUCGUUUCGCCAAAUAUGAACGUGAACUCACCUGUUUGGUGCUACCCAAGCUCACCGUGUGCUUGCCGAGUCGACACGGGGUUGAUCUGAUAAUUGGCGCUGAACUGUUCUUCGACCUGCUCGAAAGUAACCAGAUUCUUCUCGCUGACGACCUCCCACUCCUGCAGAAGACGCAACUCGGUUACGUGAUUUCCGGCAAGUGUUCCUCGUUGUCGACAGCCCCGCUGGUAUGCCACCUCGCCACAGAAGAGGAUCUCAACGCCAAACUUGAACGCCUGUGGGAGGUCGAGAAUUUCGACGUCGGCAAGGUGCUGACACCGGAACAACAGCUGGUCGAGGACCACUUCAAGCGUACCGUCUCAAGGAGCAACGACGGGCGGUACAUGGUGCGGCUCCCACUGCGAGAAGAACUGGUUUCGCUAAUCCCAAACUCAUACGCCACGGCGGAGCGGCGAUUUUUGGCCAUGGAAAAACGACUGUCGGCUGAUGAGCACCUCAAGGAGGAGUAUCAGCGUUUUAUGGAUGACUACGAACGGCUAGGGCAUAAGGAGAAGUGUUCACGCGUCGCGGGCCCGCAGUUCUUCCUCCCCCACCAUGCCAUCCAACGUCCUGGAAGCAGCACCACCAAAACGCGCGUGGUGUUCGAUGGUAGCGCCAAAGGGUCUGGAAGGUUCUCGCUGAACAGCAUUCUGCACACUGGGCCAACGGUGCAACCACCGCUGCUGUCGACUAUCCUGAACUUUCGGCUGCCAAAAUUCGCCUUCACAGCUGACGCUGAGAAGAUGUUCAGACAAGUCUGGGUUCACCCGGAGGACAGAAAGUGGCAACAAAUCAUCUGGCGCAAGAACCCGACCGAAACCCUGCAGAUUUACCAACUAAAGAUGGUGACCUACGGUUUGGCCAGUUCUCCGUUUCACGCAGCCCGUGUGCUGAACCAGCUCGCUGAGGACGAAGGCCAUCGAUAUCCAAUUGGAGCGCAGAUCGUGGGAAAGCGGUUUUACGUCGAUGACGUACUGGCGGGGGCGGAUACUCUCGAGGAUGCAGACGAAGCUUGCCAUCAGGUGCGAGAGCUGUUCCAGCUGGCCGGGUUCUCUUUGAGGAAGUGGAGUGCAUCGCAUCCCGACAUCCUGCAGCGCAUCCCACAAGACCUCUGGGAAAGCAGCCCCACGAAGGAAAUCGGCGAGCCGGAUUUCGCCAAGGCACUUGGGUUGCUGUGGGACCCGCGUGCCGACUGUUUUCGCUUCAAGAUUCCCACUUUCCCCGAGCUGGCCGUAACAACAAAGCGCAUCGUGGUGUCGGAAAUGGCUCAACUCUUCGAUCCUGCUGGGUGGAUGGGCCCAGUGCUGAUGAGCGUGAAAAUCUUCGUGCAACACCUUUGGGCCACCAACAAGGGGUGGGACGACCCACUCUCUCCAGAAGACGAUCGGUGGUGGAAGGACUUCCGCCGCGAAAUUCCUAUGCUGCAACAAGUGGAAGUGCCAAGACGCGUCAUCGGGAACACUACUCGGAACUACAAGCUUCACUUCCCGUGUUGCGGUCAAACCGUUCCCCGCCUGGAGCUGUGCGCUGCCCGACUUGGAGCGGAGCUGGUCAAUCUACUGUUGGAAACUACUGACUUCGUCGGACCAGUGACCUUUUGGAGUGAUUCGACGGUCGUUCUGCACUGGCUGCGGAGCCCACCUGUAACCUGGAAGGUGUUCGUGUCGAAUCGGAUUGCGGAGAUACAGCGGCUCACCAAGGACGAUACGUGGCGGCACGUGCCCACGGAGAUGAACCCAGCGGACCUCAUCUCGAGGGGUUUGCGCCCCAGCCAGCUUUUGGAUCAACCGCUGUGGUGGUACGGCUGUUCGUUUUUCACCAACCUCAACGAGCCGUGGCCCCCAGUAAUGCCGACCCUCAGCCUGGCAGCCCUUGCAGAAAUGGACCUGGAGCGACGACAAAGCGUAGCAUUGGUGGCCACCGGACCGGACGAGUCCAUUUUUGAGCGGCAAUCGGAACUUGGCAAGCUGCUGAAACUCGUGGCCUGGUGCAACCGGUUUUGCCAGAACGCUCGGCGACCGGAAGAAGAGCGGCUGUCGGGCAAGUUGAAGCCGAGCGAAGUGGCGCUGAAGCUUCUUGUGCGGGCCGCACAGAGAACCUCGUUCCCGAAAGAGAUCCAGGAGUACGAGAAGCACGGAAACCAAGGGACCUCGUCGGUGCCACGUGAGCCUAAAUCUCCACUGAAGAACUUGAACCUGUUCCUCGACCCCCAAGGAAUUUUGCGCAUCCACAGCCGUCUGUCGAAUCGUGAUGUUGCCUACGACUCAAAAUACCCGAUGCUGUUGCCGGCCAAGCACAAGUUGAGUACAUUAAUCGCCAGAUCUUUACACUUGCAGACGGCACACUCUGGACCAUCCGCUCUGCUUGCAACGAUUCGACAAAGAUUUUGGCCGCUACGAGGACGCGACUUGGUACGUCGCGAGGUGAAAAGCUGUAUCACCUGUUUUCGGUGCCGCCCGCCAGUUCCUCAGCAACAAAUGGCACCACUCCCGGCAGUUCGGACCACGCCUACUCGAGUGUUUGCCAACUCUGGACUGGACUACUGCGGGCCGUUUCUCGUGCGUCCGUUGUAUGGGAGAGGUGCAAACGUGAAAAUGUACGUUGCGGUUUUCGUGUGCCUGUCGGUGAAAGCGGUUCACCUCGAGGUCGUCCCCGACUUGACGACAACCGCGUGCAUAAACGGGAUCAAGCGCUUCGUCGGGCGCCGCGGCCGUCUGAUCGAACUCCGGUGCGACAACGCGACUGCUUUCGUCGGUGCAGAUCGCGAGUUGAAGGAGCUCCGUAAACGCUACCUUGAGCAGUUUCGUACGGCCGAGUGGGAGAAUUACUGCCUGGACAGCGGGAUCACCUUCCGAUUCAUUCCGCCGAGAUCCCCACACUUCGGCGGCUUGUGGGAAGCCGGAGUGAAGUCCUUCAAGCACCACUUUCGGCGCAUUUUUGGUGGAAGGUCCUGCACCGUGGACGAGUUGACUACCGCCGUAGUUCACAUCGAGAGCAUCCUGAACUCCCGCCCACUCACGCCUCUCACAGACCAUCCGGACGACCUGGCUAUCCUGACUCCUGGGCACUUUCUGAUCGGGGAACCCAUGUUCUCGAUCCCAGAACCCGAUUACACCAGUGCCCCGCUCAACCGAAUCACUCGUCUGCAGGAAACGCGUCGCUCUGUCCAGGAUUUCUGGAAGGUUUGGUCCAGGGAUUACAUCAGCCAACUCCACCAGCGGUCCAAGUGGAGAACCGCAACCAAGAACGUGCAAGAGGAGCCCUGGUGUUGCUCAAAUGGACUGGUGCGAGUAGUCCUGGUGCGAACGGCUCAUGGAGAGUACAAGCGCGCCGUCACCGAAGUUCGGGUUCUACCGAUCGACCAACCGGCCGACGAUGUCGAGGACAAGGCGGUUCCGGAGGCAGCCGAGAACGAGGAAGGAGACAAGCAGGCGGAUCCAGAUGCAGCUGAGAACGACGAUGAAGGUGUCCAGGCGGUUCCAGAGACAGCGGGUUGA